AUGUCUUUCCUCGCCCGCGCCACUCGUCCCGCUCGUCUCCCCCUCACAUCCUCCCGCCUACUGAGCACAACGGCCGUCCGCUCGCAAGGCCCCAUCGACGCCACAAAGUCCACGCUCAAGAAGGCCGACCGCAAGGUCUCCGAUGCCGCCGUGAAGGGAAUUGAGACUGGCGAGGCCGCCGCAAGCAAGAUCAAGGAGACCGUUGGCUCCGGCCAGGCGCAGAAGGAGGCUAAGGAGAAGGCUGGCGAGUUGAAGGGGGACGCUGCUGAGCUUGCUGGCAAGGCUAAGGGGAAGGGCCAGGAGGUUGCUGGUGAGGCGAAGGGGAAGGCUAAGGAGGUUGCUGGGGAGUUCAAGUCCUCAUAG